GCCUGGUGGAGGGAGGAACCGUGUUAGUUUCAGGAAGAACCAGCGGUCUGUCGACUCUCGCAGUUCAUGAGAACCCGAGAGUGGGCGAAGGGGGAAGUACGCUUUCACAGAAAAUGAAUCCUGACUGUUAGCUAGUUAAUGUCACUGCGUUAGGUUUUAAUGUAACACUGUCAAAAGCUCGCCGUUAAAUGUGAUUUGCCUGUUUUCACCAUGUCCAGGAGUCGGUGGUCCAGGCGUUCAAAGCCAGGAGCACUCCCGGGCCUGUGUGAGCCCCCCAAGGGUCAAGGCAUCCAUGUUUACCUAUUCUGGUCAAAGGAAGGGGAAAGAUAUUUGUCUUACACAAGUGGAAGAGUCACAGCAGAGGAGCUGUGCAUCUCAGCUGCAGAGGCUGUAGGGAUAACUCCUCUGUGCCAUGUGUUGUUUGCUCUGUACAAUCCACAAUCACGUUGCUGGUACAGUCCAAACCAUGAGUUCAGUCCAGAGAACACCAGUCUUGUACUUCACUACUGUAUGAGGUUUUACUUCCGGAAUUGGCACGGACUUAAUGAGAAGGAGCCAACUGUAUCCCGUUAUGCUUUAAGAUCUGGGACAAGUCAGGGUGGUUACCCUCUUCUUGACUUGACAUCCUUGGAAUACUUAUUCUCCCAGGCAAAAUAUGAAUUUGUAAACGAAGUAGUACAGAUGGAAGACAUUGAGUCAGAGGAGGAGAUAAGCCGCUUCAAAAAUGAGAGCUUGGGGAUGGCUGUGCUUCAACUCUCACACCAGGCAAUGCAAACAGACUGUACCUUACAAGAUGUUGCAGAAAAAGUCAGCUACAUGCACUGCAUUCCAAGGUCUUUCGCCAAACUCAUUUCCAAAGACAACUUCCUGACAAAAAUCCGGAUCCGGCGGGUGUUUGCAGAGUUUGUGCGGACCUUCCAGCAGCACACUGUUGAUAAGGGGCGACUAGGCACCCACGAGAUAAUGUAUAAGUACAUCUCUACUCUUGAACACUUGGCACCACGUUUUGGAACAGAGACCUUCCCUGUAUCCCACCUGGAACUGAGAAAGGAUGGGGACGGAAGCAGCUCUUACUCUAACACCACCCAUGCGCAGGGUGCCUCGAAAGACGACUUCAGUCUUCCCGCCACACAUGAGAUAAUGGUGUCUGGCACCAAGGGGAUUCAAUGGAGGAAGGUGUCCGGUCAAAAGGCGCAGGCAAACACUUACUUAAGAAAUGACUACAUGAACUACAUGAAGAAAACAAAACAACAGUCCAGCCAACCAAAUGCGGACACUCCCAAUAAAUGGACCUCCUUCUGUGAUUUCCCUGAAAUAACUCACAUAGCCAUCACUGGAGAUAAUGUGUGCAUUAGCACUCAGGACAACCACUGCAUGGAGGUUCAGAUGAACUCCAGCCAGCAGGCCCGUUCCUUCAUCUCCCUCCUUGAUGGAUACAACCGGCUGACUGCAUUCGCCCACCACUAUCUUUGUCAUGAUGUGGCUCCCCCAAGGGUAGUGCUGAGUUUGGCAAAUGGACUGCAUGGACCUAUCCAUGAUGAUUUUGUGCUGCUGAAGCUGAAAAAGGAGGCAGCAGAGGAGGGAGCUUUCCUUGUACGUUGGAGUGCUCUUGACUAUCGCCGCAUCAUCCUAGCUGUCCUGAACAAAAAUGAGAACGGAUCGAAGCCAAGCCAUAAGCAGUUUCGGAUUCAGCUCAAGGGUUCCAUGUUCUGUCUGGAGGGAUGGGAUCGAGAAUUCUCCAGUGUGAAGGAGCUCACAGAAAGCCUCAAGACCUUUGUACUCAAGUCUGGUUCGGACAGCUUUACUGUCAAAAAAUGCUGUUUGCCAAAACAAGCAGAGCUAUCCAACCUUCUGGUGAUAAGGCAAGGUGUUCAUAUUGACUCCUUGUCCCUGAACAUGACCCAGCUACGCUUCCACCAGAUCAAGGACAAAGAGAUCAAACAGGGACAGCAUUUGGGCCGUGGGACCAGAACUAACAUCUACUCAGGACGUCUGCUGGUGCGAGGUGGAGGAGAAAACGACGAAGACGAAGAGUGCAACAACAACUUUGCUGACCGCAACGGGAUCCACGUGGUUCUCAAGAUUCUAGAGCAAAGCGAUAAAGAUAUUGAUAUAGGCUUUUUGGAAACAGCAAGUCUCAUGAGCCAGGUAUCCCACAGCCACCUGGUGUUUGUACAUGGUGUGUCAGUCAAAGGAUCUGAAAACAUCAUAGUGGAAGAAUUUGUGGAGUUUGGGCCUUUGGAUGUUUUCCUUCGCAAAGAAAAGGCAUCUGUGACUCCUCAGUGGAAAUUUAUUGUUGCAAAACAACUUGCCAGUGCCCUCAAUUAUCUUGAGACCAAACGGCUGGUUCAUGGAAACGUCUGUGCCAAGAACAUUCUGGUGGCAAGGCGUGGUCUGGAGCAUGGCACUACUCCUUUUGUCAAGCUGAGUGACCCAGGAAUUGCCCUGAAUGUCCUUUCACGGGAAGAGCGUCUUGAGCGCAUCCCAUGGAUUGCCCCUGAGUGUGUUGACAGCGGCGUACCCGUUUUUAAUGCUUCUGACCAGUGGAGCUUUGGCAUCACGCUGCUCGAAAUCUGCAACAAUGGCGAUCUUCCAAUGAGUGGCAGCACAUUGUCUGAGAAAGAGCGCUUUUAUCAGCAAAAGGGUCGUUUAGCUGAACCGUCCUCCCAGGAACUGGCCAGCUUUAUCAGCAUGUGUUUGACCUACGAGACUGUGGAGAGGCCUUCCUUCCGCACUGUGCUCAGAGAGCUCACAGAAAUCAUGAUUAAAAAUCCUGAUAUAUCUCCUAGUGAAACUCUCCCUGAUACAGACCCUAGCGUGUUCCAUAAACGCUACCUGAAAAAAAUGCGGGAUUUAGGAGAGGGUCACUUUGGAAAAGUCACUCUCUACUUGUAUGACCCGGCCAACGAUGGUACAGGAGAGCUUGUGGCAGUGAAGGCUUUGAAACAGGACAACGGUCAUGUGCCUGAGGGCUGGAUCAAGGAGAUUGAGAUCCUCAAGUCCCUUUAUCACAGCAACAUUGUCAAGUACAAGGGCUGUUGCACUGAACUGGGAGGACAAGUGGUGCAGCUGAUAAUGGAGUACCUUCCUCUGGGGAGUCUGCAAAAGUACCUUCCCACACAUAAACUGGGAAUGUCCCGAUGCCUUAUGUUUGCUCAGCAGAUCUGUCAGGGUAUGGAGUACUUGCACUCUAAACGAUAUAUCCAUCGAGACCUUGCUGCCCGUAAUGUCUUAGUGGAAAAUGAAAGUUUGGUGAAGAUUGGAGACUUUGGCCUGACAAAGUACAUCCCAGAGGGCGAGAUCUACUACCGUGUCCGUGAGGAUGGGGACAGUCCAGUGUUUUGGUAUGCCAUUGAGUGCUUGAAGGAAAGUAAAUUUUCCUUUUCCUCUGACAUUUGGUCGUUUGGCGUUACGUUGUACGAGAUCCUGACCCGCUGUGACCAUCGCCAAAGCCCUCCAGUAAAGUUCGUGGAGAUGAUGGACAGACCCCAGGGACAGAUGACUGUGAUGGUUCUCAUAAAACAGUUGGAGAAACAACAGCGAUUGCCUCGUCCCAAAGACUGCCCGCAAGAGAUGAAGAUGUUAAUGGAGCAGUGUUGGGCUGCAGACCCUGCACAACGACCAUCGUUCAAAUCCCUUAUUGAAAAGUUUGAGGCUAUUCGCCAAACAUACGACUGGCAGUCGCAUAUAAACUUUUCCUCGGCUCAGAUUUGCUGAUCAGGCCUCUGAAGAUCUACUUGUCUACAUGUCAUCACUUUGCCACUAUGGCCACCAUACUGUAUAUUACAGGGUAGCCAGUAAUGUGUUUCUUGCUGGGAAAUGCCUGCUGUCUCCAUUUACAUAGAUAUCUUUUUACAGUAUAAAAGCACACUGCUAUCCUUUCAUUACUGAUGUUAAGGCAAUGAUAAACGCAGAAAGUUUUGUUUUAUUGUUGGCUGAUGAGUUGAACUUAAUGAAGAAAGGCAAUGUCUUGGGAAGAGUGUCAGCUUUUGUCUUUUUAAAAGUAAUAGGUCUGCAUAUAUCACAGUAAGUAUUAAGAUUGGGAGAAUACUAUUUUUUAGUUUGUGUUUAAUGUUUGUAAAUUUUUUUUGAGUGUUAAGUUUGUGUUUAAUUUUGUAUCAACCAAAAGAACAAAUUCAAAAUAUAAUGCAUUUUAACAUGCCCUUUUCUUAAAAACUAAAAUACAGAUU